AAUCAGAGCACAUGACAUCCCAAUCCCACAUGGCUCCCAAUCACCCAACUUGACAGCUUUUCAGGAUAACCAUAACUUUCUUUUGUCACUUCAUAUCAACACCACAACCAGUCCAUAUAAAUUUACCGAAACCUCAGAAAAUUCAAGAACCCUACACAGUGUUUUCUUGUGAACUAAAGUUACAGUAAUCAGGCUAUGGAUCACACUCUUCAUGAGUCUUCAGAACCCUUUCCCCGAAAAGAUGGCGAUGGUAAUGAGAAGAAAGUAGAGCCUGGAGAGCUCCUGGAGAAGUGCUGGUUUUUCGGCAACUUGCUCGACAGAAAGCCCAGGAUGUUGAGAAGUCUUUCUGAUCCUUGUGCCUCGUCAAACCCCAAACACGAGAUUUUGCCUGGAAAAUCAUAUGAAGAAACCUAUAAAUCAAUUAAGAAGCUGACGGGGCCUGAUGGGUCCAGGAAGUCGAAUUUGAUCAGGGCGCCCUCGCUGCCGCCCUGCCUGGAAAGAAAAGAUCAGAAUCCAGCGACGAGAGGGAGUACUGGUCCCGGAAGGAGACAAUCAAACAGGAAAGUUAUGUUGUCGGACAAUCUACUACGUGCGCCGUCUCUGCCAACUGCCCUGGGAGCUGAAGAUUUUCAUGAUGAAGAGACUGAGUUUUCUAUGGGGAAAUUGAUCAGGCAGGCUUCUCUGAGCAGUUCAAAGGCUAUUCCUCCUAGAACAAAUCCUGCUAAGGGCGUGGCACCACGUUCCAGCUUAUCAAGGCAUUUAUCGAUAACGAAACAGGAUGCGGACAUGGUUAAGGUGGAGGUGGGCCUCGAGAAGGUAAGACCUCAGCGUCAAAUGAGUCGACUUAAGCCACAAAAGAGCUUAAGUUACCUGGAGAGCAAAGAAUUGCAAGGUUUCAGGGACUUGGGAUUUGAUUUCGACAAAAAAGACUUGAACCCGAACGUAGUCAGCAUAAUUCCAGGCCUGCAAGAAAAGAAGAGAAUAGAAGACGAUGAAGAGAAAAACAGAACGAGGCCGUAUCUCUCUGAGGCAUGGAAUUCUGCUCCCAUGGCUCCCAAGUGGGGGGGAAAACGAUCAAAGGAAGACAAUAUCAAGGCACAGAUCAAGUUCUGGGCCAGGGCUGUGGCAUCAAACGUGCGCUAGGAAUGCUGAUUCUGUCUACUGUAGUAGUACUACGUUUCUAUGUUAACAAAAUAAGUGAUUUGAUUCUCAUACUUAGGUAACUGCCUGUCUGAUCCCCAUUGAUUUGGAGUAGUUUGUAGAGUACUUAGAUUCUGUAUUGCUCGAAAAUGAUGAUUAUUGUUAAAAGAAGCAGUGUAGCUUUCUGGGCAAGACAGACAUUCUUUGGGAGAUUUUGUACUAUGUUUCCCUGUAACUAACUAUGAAUAAAUGGCUGAACUUGCGGUCCCUGCUUGAUUGUAUGUAUGGCUUUCUCAUAGUGAUUGUUCAAUGAAGACAACUCGUACUUUGUC